AUGAAGUGGCUCGUCCUCGCAUCCCUCGCGAUCUCUCUCGCUCAGGCGCAGAUCCACCGCGUCGCACCACACGCAGACCUCGCCAAACGCCAAGCCGCUUCCACUUCGUCGACUUCGCAUGCCGCUGCGACUCGAACGGCGACGGGUGCAGCGACGGCGACGAGGAGUCCUGCGCAGACGGGUGGUGGAGGAGCUGUGCCUUCCAGCCCGCUCGCAUCUCUAUCUAAGAUCGGUACCGCAACGACGGCAGAGGCGACGCGGCCGUUGCCCACGACUUUCGCCGCAGGAGCGACCCCACCUGUUAAGGGUGCUCCUCCCCUGCCUGCGAUCAACCAGCUCAACCCGGCUCACUACCCUCCACUCGACCGAAUCCCUCCUCUCGACUCGCCCGAGGUCAAACAAUGGCUGAGCGAGAUCGACCUCUCCAACAUCCCCAGCGUCAACCCCACCGCCAUCGGCGGCUGCGCGAACGCGACGAACGCCCAGGCUAUCAAGGAUGGUGGCGCGGACGGAAACUGCUGGUGGACUUGCGGCGGUUGCUCGAGAGCGAGCGAUAUCACUUACUGCCCAAACAAGAACGACUGGGGCGCAUCGUUUGACGACGGACCCUCGCCGUACACGCCUCGCCUCCUCAACCUCCUCGAGUCGCAGAACUUGAAGUCGACCUUCUUCAUCGUCGGCUCGCGCGCACUUUCGAGACCUGAGAUGGUACAGGCCGAGUACAUGCUUGGUCACCAGCUCUCGAUCCAUACGUGGUCGCACUCGAGCUUGACGACGCUGUCGAACGAGGAGAUCGUCGCCGAGCUUGGGUGGACGAAGAAGGUGAUCCACGAUAUCACCGGUGUCUCGCCGAACACCAUGCGCCCGCCCUUUGGCGACAUCGACGACCGCGUCCGCUACAUCGCGCUUCAGAUGGGCCUCCGACCGGUCAUCUGGACGCAGUACCAGGACCAAGUCUUCGACACGCGCGACUGGCAAAUCGGCGGCGGCGUCGUCAACGCGACAGGCGUCUACAACACCUUCAACAACUUCCUCACCCACGCCGUGCAGAACUUGCCGAACGGAUUCAUCGUCCUUGCGCACGACCUUUACCAGCAGUCUGUCGACCUCGCUGUUGACUACAUCUUGCCCGGCGUCAUCAAUGCUGGUCAGCUCAAGAUCAAGACUAUCGGUGCUUGCCUCGGCGAGUCGCCAGAACAGCUCUACAUUGAGACCGCCUCGAACGCGUCUUCAGCCGACGCGGACCCACUCCUCCAAACCACCUCGACCUUCGUCGGAGCGACCGGUACCGGCUUCGUUCCAGGCAUCGCACUCGAAGCUCAGCAGACGAGUGGCGCGGCGAGCGGGUCCAGCAAGGGCAAGAACCUGGAGGCGUCGAAAUCUGGCAGCUCGGCAAACGCGCAGCAGACGGGCAAUACGAGCGGCGCGACGGCGGUCAAGGCGGGCGCGGGUGGGCUCUUUGCGGCGUCGAUGCUUGCGCUGGCGUACCUUUUCUAG